AUGGAGAAAAAAAGCGGACAAGAACUUCUUCAACUGGCAGGGCGUCUGCUGGCUGAGAAUAAUCUGGAGGAAGCUGUCACAGUAUUCGACCAUCUAAUAACCAGACUUCCUGAUGUUCCAAUACCAUUAUUGAGUAGAUGCACUUGUCUAAUACAGUUAAAAAGAUAUAAAGAAGCGUUAGUUGAUGGCGAAAAAAUAUUGAAACUUCCAAAUGAACCCGCUGACGAGGGCGUUGCUCCUGGCUGUACGACAAUACAUAGUGUAGCAUAUAUUAGGAUGGCUAAAUGCUAUAAAGAAUUAGGACAGAACGAUAAAGCAGCAGAUGCCAUGAGAAAAAGAGCCGAACUAGAGAAGGUACGCGUGCAAUACAACAAGGAUAACUCGGAAGAUGACAACAUGCGGGACAGUAAGAGUAUCGAUAACCGAUCCAAAGCUGAGGAAUUGAGACUAGAGGGCAAUCGGCUAUACAAAAUGCAGAAAUAUCAAGAGGCCUAUGAAAAGUACAGCAAGGCUCUCGAUGUGGAUUCUGACAGUCUAUUGGCAAACUCGAAUCAAGCGCAAGUGUUGUUGAAAAUGGGUCAAUAUGAUAAAGCGCUUGUAUACGCUGAUAAAUGUAUACAUUUAGACUAUAAAUGGCCUAAAGGACAUUAUAGAAAAGGCUGUAUUUUAUUAGAACAAAAGAAAUAUAGAGAAGCUCUUGUGGAGUUGGAGACGGCAGAGAAGUUUGGUAAACUAGACGAUGAAUUGAUGAAAAAGAUUAAAGAAGCGCAGAGUCAUAGUAAAGCGAAUCACAGAGUAAAGUCGAUCGCAUUAGAGUCUAGGAGUAUAAAAGCUGCUGUUGUUGUUGCCCUCGUUGCUUUUUUCAUAUGGUAUUUUUCUUACGAAAUUGGAAUUAUCGGUAUAUAUGCAUUCAGAUAUGUGGAGAGGUUCUUUGCCGUCUAUUUUAAUGAUUUAUGGUGA